AUGUUGCAAUCCAGGCCCCCAAGUGUCUUUGAAAAGGACGACGAACCAUUCAUCCCAGCCUUGUUAUCACAUGUUGCCCGAUACUUUAGAAGAGAUGUGCCACUGAGCACACAUACCAAGGAUAUGGUGAACUACAAGGACAGCUUCACAGGAAAGGAAGCGGUCGAGGUCCUAUGUAAAAUGCUCAACACCAAAGACAGAGGUUUGGCAUUGAUUGUUGGCCGAGCUUUACAAGCCCAGAGAUUCUUUCAUGAUGUCACAUACAAUAAUACGUUGAGAGAUUCGACGAAUGAACAGUACAAGUUCGAGUCAGCGCUAGCACCGCUAGGUGCAACAGAUUCUCAAGACUCAACAGCUCCUUCCGCUCCCACUGGUGUCUUGACCUAUUUGGCGAAUUGCUAUUCGCCAACUUGUGGUGAGGACUGUUACUCCGAAACAUGUCGACAAAAGAGAGAGAACAAACGAGUUGGUAGUCAACAGCUGGAACGUAGUGAAACCUCGUUCUUUGGAGAUGAUGAGCUAUUUGUAGAAGAAACGGAAUUCUGGUCCACAUCGGUCUCCCAGGAGAUUAGAGAGUCUGUUUCCGAAAACGAACGAAAGAGACAAGAAGCUAUCUUUGAAAUCAUAGCCAAGGAACGAGAGUAUGUCGCUGACUUGGAACUCGUCAAGAAUACCAUCAUCCAUCCUCUCCGUGAAUCCAUGGAAAUCUUUCCUACCGCCACCAAAGAAAAGAUUAUUACUGACAUGUUCCUAAACAUGGAAGAGUUGUUCGAUAUUAACUUUGGCUUUCUUCGCAAGUUGGUUCAACGACAACGAACCAAUCCUGUCGUAGAUGCUAUAGGUGACAUCUUCUUGUCGAUGCCCUCUGAUCCUGUUGGUGGAGCUUAUAUGUAUUAUGGUUCAAAUCAAGUGUUUGCUGAAAACACAUAUAGAUUGGAGAGAGCACAGAAUCCAAGUUUCAACAAUUUCAUUGAGGCCGUCGAACGCGAACCAGCUCUUCGAAAGUUGUCUGUCUUGAGCUUUCUUGGUAGACCAACACAACGAAUGGGUCGAUAUAUUCUCUUAUUGGAGGGUGUAUUGAAACGUACUCCAGAAAACCAUCCCGAUGUCACGGCAAUACCACGUGCGAGGGAUUCUAUCAAAGCUCUUAUGCAUGAAAUCAACAUCAAAACGGGAGAGGCUGUGGAUGCUUUAAAGCUGAAGCAGUUAUCUGAACAGUUGUCUUUCAAGCGAGACAAGAUGGACAUGGACGAUUUGCGCUUGACUGAACCAGGUCGCAAGAUCUUACGAGAAGGCCAAUUUAUGUAUCGUAAAGAGACAGGUGUCAAGGUCCAACUCACAGUAUUCUUGUUUGACCACCUUUUGCUGAUGGCCAAAGAGAGAUAUCGAGCUUACGGAUACAAGGUCCACAAGAUGCCAAUACCAUUAGAGUUGCUAGUUCUUCCAUCGGAAUCGUCGGUAGCAAUGGGUGGGAGCAAAAGAGCCUCAGGGAGAUUCGGUUCUCCUAUACCCUCAAAAGGAUCUCUAAGCGACGUGGCCUCAUUUACGACUAGUAGCAGCAAGUCAAUGUCAUCGAAAGCCUCUUCAGUCACGCAAAUGAUUGAACCGACAGAUGCAACCAAGUUUCCCUUCACGUUCGCUCAUCUAGGUAGACCUUCUGUAAUAUAUACCCUAUAUUCCAAUACCGAAGUUGAUCGUCUCACGUGGCGGGAUGCCAUUCAAACUCAACAAGAUACCCUACUAAAAGAUAAGAAAGUGUUUGAUCUGGUUGUAUUAGACGAUGGAGGUUUCAGGACAUCCAAUCGCGUCCUAUCGUCUGCUGUAUUUGGUCGUAAACUCGUAUUAGGCACCGAGAAAGGAUUGUAUAUCGGAGAGGACGGAUCUUGUGUUGCCAAAGUGACUACAGAACUGCCAUCUGCAUUUACCAAGAUACUCGACUUGGAUCGUAUCACACAGGUUGACGUAUUGAUUGACUUUAAUAUCGUAUUGGUAUUGCAAGGACGAGAAGGCAAUCUAUUGGUCUUCCCGUUAUCAUUACUUGAUACGCCUGACGUCGAUCUCGUGGCUGCGGCUGCUACUGGACAACGAGUUGAUGUUCAUAUUGCAUUCUUCAAAGUAGGAGUCAGUUUGGACAAGACUUUGGUGUGUACUGUAAAAACACAGACUCUUCAAACUACAAUCAAAGUGUUGGAACCAAUUCAAACUGGUAAAAAGAAGAAGGGCAGGUGGUUCUUGUCUGGAAGUAAUGAUGCUUUGAAAGUGUAUCAAGAGUUUUAUAUACCCGCUGACUCCACUUCGAUACAUUUCCUCAAAACCAAGAUAUGUGUCGGCUGCAAUAAGGGCUUUGAAGUGAUUGAUUUGACGACACUAGAUACCAUUGGGUUGUUGGAUCCUCAGGAUGCUUCUUUAGACUUUGUUUUGAGCAAAGACGCUUUGAAGCCUAUGUCCAUGUUUAGGUUGAAGGAUGGAGAGUUCUUGUUGUGCUAUGAUGAAUUUGGGUUCUACGUGGAUCGUCUGGGACGAAGAAGCCGUCCUGAUGUGCUGGUGAAUUGGACAGGCUGUCCCACGUCUUUUGCAUAUUCUGCUCCAUAUUUACUUGCAUUUGAUCCCUCAUUUAUUGAAGUUCGCAAUGCUCUUACUGGUCAACUACAGCAAAUCAUUCCCGCCACAUCGUUGCGAUCUUUGGCUACAGAACCUGAUCGAAUUCACGGUGUCAUGUCCAACCCGUUUGGGAACGACAUUGUAUUUGCCAUCAGACCCAUCGCCUCGUCAUGA